AUGUCCGUUAAAAUUUUUUGUAUUAGCAGCUCCGAAAAAAAUUUCUUCGAAUAUACUAUUCUUCACUUGGCUCUUUAUGAAGACGACGAUGAAUUUAUAGACGUCCUCCUGCUGGAGAACAAUGCUGACACCAAGCUGGAGACAGAACAUUUGGCAGCGGUAAUUUUAUCGGCGAUAAGGUUGAACCGCUUGAAGUACGUAAAGAAAUUAGUGACAGCUGGUGCUGAUGUCAAUCAGAUUAUUUGUGUAGAUGAUACACAUGAGAAAAAGAGUAGUAGGCAUAAUGAUGAAGGUGAUCCUCAUAUCUAUCAUAUUGAUUAUACACCUCUAGAAUUCGCUGUCAAUCUGAAUGCAUAUAAGAUCACUGAAUUUCUCAUCAGCCAGGGCGCCGAUGUUCACGGAAGAUAUGACAAUGACGGAGGCGAUUCGCCGAUGGGUAUCGCUGCUACGUCAAAUAACGUAGAAAUGAUGAAAUUGCUGAUCAAACAUGGCGCUGGUAUUAAUGCUGGAGACGAGUAUGGUAUAACUCCUCUGAUGAAAGCAGCUAUUGAAAGCAAUAACUCAGCAAGUCGCAGGUUGUUGCUAAGUCAACCUUUUAUAGAAAUAAAUUCUUUGACUGAAGACAUGAGAUCUUGUCUUCAUUUUUCAACGAUUUGGACUGACAUUGAUGUUCCUGAGUCUAGUCUUCAAGAUCUUCUGGAUGCUGGUUGUGAUGUCAAUGUUGUGAGCAAACAUGGUAGAUUACCGAUUGAUAGCUAUGAAGAUAAAGAAAUGUGCUUUGAGAUUAUGAAGAAGCAUAUUGUUGAGCUGAUAGCGGCUGGCUUUUACGUCUGCGAUAGGAAGAAGCUGUUUCAGAAAGUAAAUUGA